AUGGAAGACGACAGGCUUUCAGUCUCUUCCCUCAAAUCGACCGAUUCGACUCGUACCACAGAUUCGGUUCGUGACCGUGAAGACUACCUCAAGCAGUCUGAGAGACUCUUCAUCCUACAAUCAUUUACAGUUGGAGCUCUCAAGAACAUGCGCAAUUACGAAGGUCAGACACCAGCUGGAGACCGCAAAACAGACGUACUCGCAAGAGCCGUCCAGCUCGUCAAAACAAAGACUGAGAUAGUCGACUUCAUUCUUGCAGCUUGCCCAUACAAGUAA